AUGUUGAUAAGUUCCAAUGCAGCACUUUUGGCAGAGAAUGAAUUGUUUGAAAGUUUUAUAAGACGCAUGGAACAACAGGACCCCUUGACCCAGCCUGUGGGUCUGCAAGUAGCUGGAAAAUCCCAUCUGGAGCACAGUGGUCAAAGUGGGAACCAGACAAAUCAGGACAGCUUGAGUGCCGGCGUUCUGCAGCUGACCUUGAGACAGAAACUAUGCGUAGCACAAAGGGAAACAGCAGAGAUGAUAAGAGACCAGCAGAAAGACAAGGAAGAGUCUGAGAAAAUUCUGGAAAACUACAAAGUCUCUCUCAAAGAACUUGAUCUGCAGCGAGCAGACAUUCGCAAGGAGAAGAACAACUUUGAUUGUAGAUCACUAAAAGCAAUAAAGAUCUCAGAAAUUAAGGAACUACAAAAGGUGCUCCAGUAUAUGCGAAGUAAGCAGGCCACCCAGUGUGAUAAACUGAAACUAAAGAUCCAAGGCUUGAAGGCACGGGAGGAGAAGCUCCAGCUGCGGCUACAGGAGAAAAAAGAACAGGCAAAAACAGGACUGGAGGAGAUUUUCUUGGACUGCAGUGAGCCCGCAGUCGACCUCGAAGAACUGAGAGUCAAACAUUUGCAAGCUCAGUGCACCCUAAGAUCUCAAAAGGAGAAGCUUCAACGCGUGACAGUAGAGUCCACACAGCUGGGCAGGGACAUCACUAAAACAAAGGCGAUGCUCGAGAAUAUUGAAGGCGGCCUAUUACGUGUUGAAGAGGUGCGUUCAAAGGCCGAGACCCAGAACAAACAGCUGCACCGCCAGAUGUCCACCUACCAGGCACCCGAUGUGACGCAAUAUAUGCACGUCAAGGACAACCACAAGCAGCUGCAGCAGAGCGUAUACACUUGGCAGAGGAAGGUUGCGAUAGCUGAGAUGACCUUCAAGUCAAAAUCCUGGAGCAAUCAUGGGGACUUUCCAAAUCCAGUCAAGCUGCCAUGCAUUGCACAUGGCAAAGCAUAA